UUAAACCGAUCCUUGCAGACAAAUAAAACAGAGGGAAGAAGAUAAACAUGGUCAUAACCAACAACACAACGCUGCCAGAGGAGGCUGAGCUCAAUGUUCAGGAGCUGAAUCUUUCUUCAGCGGCUAUGCGUGCGGGUGCCUUCCACUUAGGCAAGCAAUGCGAGCAGGAAAAUAAUGAGUUUAUGUUGUGCAGGCAAGAGCUGGACGAUCCGCGUGCCUGCUUGGGGGAGGGAAAGGCGGUUACCAGCUGCGCCCUGAACUUCUUCCGCAAGGUGAAGAAGACCUGCCAUGAGGAGUUUAUGCAGUACGCCACUUGCCUGGACAAGAGCAGUGGUACAAUGGCAUUUGCACAGUGCCGCAAGACCCAAGGUGUGUUUGACAAGUGUGUUAAGGAUAACUUUGACUGGGAGCGCCCUUCUUAUGGCUACUUUUCCAGGGCCAAGGUCAUUCAAUCUGCACGCGAGGCUCCCAAGAAGGAGGAGAUCAAAUCGUAUCCGGAUGCCACCCCCGGCUUGCCCGAAGAUUACCCCAAGCCUCCAGCCAAGUACGGUUCUCGCUUCCACUGGCUGGAGUAGACAGCUGCUAUUGUAUAGUGAAAUUGAAAGCGAUCAUCUUAACAUAAACUAUUGUUUCCAUUAGUACUUCAA